AUGUCACCACCAAAAGAUAUAACCUCAAUGUUUAAAUCCCGACAACUGACAGGUCCCACAAAGGUCACCAAGCCAGAAACUCCAAACCCUUCACCCAAAUUCAACUCCACAUCCAAGACCGCAGAUCGUCUCAAAGACGACCUCAAUAAAGAUUUAUCCCAACCCAGCAACAAACCUUUCAAGGACCGCUGGGAAAUUAUUGGAACUCAUCUAAUAACAAACAUCCCCAAAACCCUUCCCAACACCAAUACCGCCCCAUCCUCCGGCCCCCAAUUGAUCAAAAUUGCCGGAUUUGACCUAGACGGAACAUUAAUAGAAACAAAAUCAGGCAACACCUUCUCCCGUGGUCCCAAUGAUUGGAAAUGGUGGGGCAAAAACCCAAAAGCAGUAGUUGAUAGAUUGAAGAAAUAUAGAAAUGACGGAUAUUUGAUUGUUGUGUUUACGAAUCAAGGUGCGGUGAUUGCGAAGGGUGGGAGUAAAUCAUACAUCAACCUCACCAAUAAAUUGAAUAACAUUGAAGAAGAUUUCCGACUGAAGUUGGAUGAUGACGAUGGUGAUAAGGAUGUGGGAUUAUUAGUAUUUGUGAGUCCGAAGAGACCAGCUAAGGGUCAUCCGAAAUUGAGUUCGGAAGAAACUCAUCGAUUAAUGAGAAAACCCGAGGUGGGGAUGUGGAGAUAUUUUGAGAGUUUGCUUAAAUUACGAGGUUCGUUUUUGAUUGAUUACGAGAAUAGUAUAUAUAUUGGAGAUGCGGCGGGAAGAGACGGGGAUUUCCUGGAUAGUGAUUUGAAAUUUGCUGAGAAGUUAGGUAUACAAUUUAAAACUCCAGAAGAUGUAUUCACAUAG